AUGACGAGGAAUCUUCUUCAGAAGAUCAGGUUAAAACAUUUGAUGUGCGGUGCAAUACUUACUUUGCUAGUCAUCGUUGUUUUAUGGAUGCGGGUAACAAUCGAAAAUGUGUAUGUCGACAUCGAACGGACAGUCAAUCCAAUCCGGCCUCCGAAUUUUUCCAAAAAAAUGAUAAGCGACGUACUCUUCAUCGGCUACGUCAUGGGAGGCACCGUAUUUCCGGCUGAGGUACUGGGCAUGCGCCCUGGACAUUUUUACGUGCACGAACCCCUUCACAAAAUCGCCAAGUAUCAAUAUUUCAAGCCUGGCUAUGUCUGUAACAUGAUGAAUAUGAAUUGCAACGCUACUCAAGUGGCUGACAGAGAGGCACUCGGUAUUGUUAAUGCUGUGUAUCAAUGCGACAACACUCGUUACAGAGGACACUUGCGGAUGUGGCAGUUACGCAAAAUUGUUGGCGACCAGUUAACCUGGCAACGAAGCAUGCAGGUACAUUGUGGAGGCGGACAGCAUAAGGAUUGUCGAGGAAAGCUUUUAAGUCAAUGUUCUCAUUCGAUGUCAAGGGUCGUUAGUACCCCUCGACUAAGUUUAAGUCUUGCUUCACGUUUAUUGACACAACUGCCCAAUCUGAAAAUCGUUCAUGUAUAUCGUGAUCCUAGAGCGAUAAUGUAUUCAAAUAUUCAUGCUAAAUGGUCUUUUCCUGACGGAGAAAUGGACACAGCCAAAUCGCUUUGUUUAAAAAUGAAUGCCGAUUUGGCCGAAUCCGUUCAUAUAAAAAACGUUUUCCCCAACAAAUUCCUAACUGUUUUUCAUGAACAACUGGCGACAGCACCAGAAAAGACAAUGCAAAAAAUAUUUGAUUUUGUUGGAUAUGAAAUGGAUGAAAAUGAAUCGGUAAUUAAGAAGUUCAAGACACUAUUUUACGAAAACUCUACAUUGAAACCGAGGACAUGGAGAACGCAUGCGUCGUGGUCUUUUGUUAAAGUUAUUAAUGAAGCAUGCGCAGGGCUUUAUCGCUCACUUGGUUAUCCAGACUUAGCCGAUAGAUACGAAGUAUCCAAUAACAGCAUACCACUUUUGAUAUCGACAACUGGUAACAACAUACCAGCUCUAAAUGACACCGUCAAGUAG